CAGUCCACUGACGUGCCUCAGAGAGGGAGGGCGAGGGAGAGCUAAAAAGAGUGACUCAAAGUGACAGGGAGUGGGUCAGAGAGGUAGAGGGAGGGAGCCACAGGGGCACAGCGAGUGAUACUGACGAAGAGAGAGAGAGAGAAGGAGAGAGAUCCAGAGUUAUGGCGCCUGUGACCGGACCACUGGCGCUCAUGCUGCUACUUCUGGGGUUAGACCGCUACACCUCCUCUGCUGCUGCCGCCAAGAACCGGUGUGACAAGACAACCCUGGUGAUGACCAAGACAGAGUGCCACUCCUGUAGCAUCAGCUCCAACGUGGGCUGUCCAGCAGGCUUCAACAAGAAGAUCCCCGGGAAGGGAAACCCAGACUGCAAGUACCGUGUGAGUCCCAUGGCCAGUCUGGUGCUGAAUAUCAAGGGCUGUUCUCAUGAGUGUUACAAGGAGGUGGUUGAGCCUCACUGCUGUCCAGGGUUCUGGGGACCAGACUGCAUCGAGUGCCCAGAGAACGCAGACAGGCCCUGCAGUAAUAAUGGACUGUGUUCUGAAGGCAUGGGUGGCAACGGGAGCUGCAGCUGUAAGCCUGGCUUCGUGGGAACAGCUUGUGAAGACUGUGCAGAUAAUCUUUACGGCUCAACCUGUAGUUCUGCCUGCACGUGUGGACAUGGCCUGUGUAAUGCUGGUAUCCACGGUGAUGGAAUAUGCACCUGCUUCUCUGGGUAUAAAGGCCCAAAAUGUGAUCUGGAGCUGCCGGAGUGCUCUUCUCUGCUUUGUCCACAGAACACUCGCUGUAUGCAGGGCUCGCUGGACGGGUCGCUGCGUUGUCAAUGUCUACCUGGCUACCGAACCUCUGGAGAUCAAUGCAUAUCCAUAAACCCGUGCCUGCAGCAGGUGUGCCACAUCCAUGCCACCUGUGCCCAUGUGGGGCCCAACAAGCACUUGUGUACCUGUGCCCAGGGCUACAGUGGGGACGGGCACGUGUGUGUUCCCAUAGACCCCUGUCAAACACACCUGGGGGGCUGCUCUGCUGACUCUGCACGCUGCAUGUACGAUGGGCCAGGGAAGUCUCAUUGUGAGUGUCAAGACGGGUUUGACCACCUGACAGGAGGGGUGAGCUGCAGCCUGAAGGACUUGUGCAGACCUAACUCCUGCAGCAAACACGCCAACUGUUCAACAGUGGAGCCAAACAUAGUAGAGUGCACAUGUCACGAGGGAUACGUGGGCAACGGCAAGAUUUGCUAUGGCAACAUCAUGCAGCGUCUGAACGAUCUGAACUCAGAGCCCGGGGGCCAAUGGACCGGUCAGCUCAGCAAUGCCAUCACACUCUUUGGUGCCAUUACUUGGCCCCUGAGCAACUUUGGCCCCUUCACCAUCUUCGUCCCAAUCAACAAGGGCUUCAAAGGAACUCCGCUGAUAACUCUGAUGGCUGACCCAAUGAAGGCUAAGUACCUGUGUAAACUGCACAUUGCUCCCGUGGAGAUGCCCUAUGACAUGCUGAACAGAGGGGUCAUCUACUACACUCUGACGGGCAAGGCAGGGGAGACGGUGACAACAGAUGACGACAAGCAGCUCAAGAUCCGUAUCCAUGGCAGCAGGAAGAAGGGCGGGGUCCUGCAGUCUGAUGUCAUCGCUUCCAAUGGGAUCAUCCAUAUUAUCAACAAACUGAUGGACAGUGUCUCACCCACGGUGGAGAGCGACAAAGAGGAGAAUCUCAUGAAGAUUCUAUCAGACUAUGGGAAGUUUUCCAAGUUCAAGGAUUUGUUGAUGAAAGCCAAUGUUGAUUCUGUAUUGGAGGAGGCUGGGCCCUCCACCAUCUUUGCCCCCACCAACACAGCCUUCGAUGCCAUGAAGGAGGGACAGCUGGACUAUCUCACCUCUAGUGAGGGAAGCACUAAACUACUGGAGCUACUAAGGAAUCAUGUGAUCCCCUCAUUCAAUUUGGAGUUCUAUAACGCUGUGAGCAACCAGCGGAUUAGGACCAUUGCCAAUCAGAUCCUCUCGUUCAAUGUGACUGAAAACGGUCAAAUCCUGGUCAACGGCAUGGCUGUACUGGAGGCAGACGUGGAGGCCAAGAACGGACGCCUCUAUUCGAUGGACGGAGUUCUAAUCCCGCCCUCUAUCGAGCCGGUACUGCCACACAGGUGUGACAUCACAGAGAACAAACUUUUGAAGGGUGACUGUGUCAGCUGCUCAAAGGUGACCAAGUCCGGCUGCUCAUCCGGAGUGUCCACAAACACCUUCCUUCGCGGCUGUGUGUUCCGGAACAUAAUGAGUUUCAACAUCCUUACGUUUGGCUGCGCCCCCAUAUGCAACAGGACCCUCACGACACCACUGUGCUGUAAGGGCUUCUAUGGGCCAGACUGCACCCCAUGUCCUGGAGGGUUCAACACCCCCUGCUCCCGUCACGGACAGUGUUCUGAGGGGAUCGAGGGAAACGGGACGUGUGUCUGCGAGACCAACUUCAAAGGCUCACGGUGUCACUACUGCUCCAACCCCAACAAAUACGGACCAGCCUGCGACAAAACUUGUGACUGUAUCCAUGGUGUGUGUGAUAACCGUCCCGAGGCAGACGGGCGCUGUAAGGUGGACUCCUGCCAGCAGGGCUACACUGGCCAGUACUGUGAGCGCCACACCCAGGCCUGUGGCCCCCAGGUGACCUUCUGUCAUGCCCACGCAGAGUGUAAUUUCAACGGAGGGGCAGUCAGGUGUGUGUGUAACCCUGGUUUCCAAGGCGAUGGGAUCACGUGCGUGUAUACGGAACCCUGUGCCCUUCCGCACCGUGGAGGAUGUGAUGUGAAUGCCAAGUGUAUAAAGACAGGGCCAGUCUCACACACAUGCCAAUGUUUGGCAGGAUGGAGGAUGGAUGAGGAUGGGUGCCAGCCUAUCAAUGACUGCCUGGGCCCUGACAGAGGGGGAUGCCAUCCCAAUGCCACCUGCAUCUACGUGGGCCCUGGACAGAGCGGCUGUGCGUGCAAGAGUGGUUUCCGUGGCAAUGGGAGGGAGUGCGAGGCGAGCAAUCCGUGCGUGGCACAAAAUGGUGGCUGUCAUUAUCUGGCAAGCUGUCUCUAUAUGUCCGGUGCAUGGAAGUGUGUGUGUGAGGAUGGAUACACAGGUGACGGAGAGGUGUGCUACGGCAACGUGGGACAGGAGUUGAUGGCCCUUCCUGAUGUCACUGAGUUCGCUAAAUGGGUGACUGACAUAGGCAUUUCCCAGCUGCCACUCAUGAACAGUCAGAACAUAACUCUGCUGGUGCCGUCCACAGCAGCUACAGACAAGAUGACCAAAGAGGACAAGGACUUCUGGACAACCCAGGGGAACCUACCCAGUAUCGUCAAAAAUCACAUGAUCCAAGGUGUCUACUCACUAGAUGACCUACGCGAUGCGUCGUCCAACUUGCAGCUCACUUCCGUUCUGAAGAAGGCUCUUCCUGUUACUAUGACCAAUGAGUCCACAGUGAUUGGAGGAGCCACCAUAACAACCGCAAAUGUGGCUUCAACCAAUGGACUGAUCCACAUUAUUGACAGGGUGUUGGUUCCAGAGAGGAGUCUCAGUGAGGGGCUGCUGGAGCUGCUUGCACAGAGGCCAGAGUUCUCCCUGUUCAGGAGUUAUCUUGUCCAUCACAACCUGACAGCAGAGAUAGAGCAGGCCUCGGCCUACACAGUGUUCGCUCCAACAGACAGCGCUGUCCUCGAGUACCUCAAGAAUACCGCUUCAGACACCAUGGACCUGAAUACGACGCGGUACCACAUAGUGCUGUCUGAUAGGUUAAUGAAGGUAGACCUGCUGGGUGGAGCCUACAAGGAGACCAUGCUGGGGUUCUCCUACCAGCUAGGCAUCUUACCCAGGGAUGACAAGUUGUUUGUGAAUGAAGCCCAGGUAAAUGUGUCAGACAUCCUGGGAGGUAAAGGGGUGAUCCACAGCCUAUCUGCAGUACUAGAUAUCACCAAAAAUCGCUGUGACAUCCAGCAAUUCAAGACAUUUCCGGGAUUGUGUCAAGAUUGCUUCUACCCACAACUCAACUCCUGUCCAACUGGAGCUACCACAAUAGCAUUGGUCAGGAAGAAGUGUAUGUUCAGUCGGGUCUACCAGGGGGAACGGAUGCUCAGCAUCGGCUGCAGGACCAUCUGCAAGAACACUACCAUUGUGCGGAGGUGCUGUGGCGGGUUCUACGGGGAGCACUGUGAGCCGUGUCCAGGGCCCAAAGGCCAGCCUUGCUAUGGGAACGGGAUGUGCCAGGACAAGACCAACGGUACAGGGGUUUGCCAGUGUAACAAGAGCUUCAAUGGAACUGCUUGUGAAACAUGCCAGGAGGGCAAAUACGGCAUCCACUGUGACCAAGACUGUAGGUGUAAGAACGGCCGGUGCAACGACGGUAUCCAUGGAGAUGGGACAUGCGAGUGUGAUGCGUAUUGGAGAGGGGUCACCUGUGAGGACAAGUUCACCAGAGAAGAGAACUGUGGGGACAGGAAGUGCCACACCAGUGCAAUAUGUGUAGUAGGUCGCUGUGAAUGUUUGGCAGGGUUUCAGGGCAACGGCACUGACUGCAAAGCGAAAGAUGCCUGCAAAGACAAUAACGGAGGAUGCAGUCCUCACGCUGUGUGUAAGAGGACUCUCCCUGGACGCAGGCAGUGCGUGUGCAACACAGGUUAUCACGGCGAUGGGAUGGUGUGUAUACAGAUUAACCCCUGCCUGGACGGUAAAGGAGGCUGCCAUGUGAAUGCAGACUGUAUUCACACCGGACCUAACAAAACGUCGUGUGUGUGCAGCCAAGGCUACACGGGAGAUGGGAAGGAGUCUUGUACGGUUAUCAACCUCUGUCGAACGAAACAAAGGGACUGCCACAGGUACGCCAGGUGUAAUAUGACUGGUCCAGGGGAACGCAGCUGCACCUGUAUGGAUGGAUACAUGGGUGACGGCAUUAGCUGCAAAGGCACUGUGGGCAAGGAGCUUCUCACCAGGAAACUGAGGGAUUUCUAUCUUGGGUUGAUGAUGGCAGAUAUCUCUCUGAAGGGCCGGGGUCCAUUCACAGUCUUUGCUCCAACAGCUGAGGCCUUCGCCCAGGAGGAGACGGCAAAAGAGUUGAGGCAUCCCUCAAAGAGAGAGAAGAGGGCCAAGAUUCUUCGCUACCACAUCGUGUCAUGUCAUACCCUAUUGGCCAGCGACCUGACCACACCCAGAAACCUGACCACUCUCAUGGGAGACGUCUUGACCAUCACCUACUCUGAGGGUACCAUCCUCAUCAACAACAUGGUGAAAGUGGUGCACAGUGAUGCCCCGAGCAUCAAUGGGAUCAUCCAUGAGAUUGACACCUUCAUGAUACCAGAGAGCCUGAAGAAGGCUGAUGUGAUAGAGCGGCCAUUGAACCUCACUGAUGUGGCUGAUGGUAAUGGUUACAAGACCUUCUACAAACUGCUGUUGGACACAGAUGUGAUGGCAAUGGUGAACGACCCCCUCCACCAGCCCGUGACAUUGUUCCUGCCGUCGGACCGCGCCAUGGCCGCACUGCCCCAGGAGCAGAAAGACUUCCUUUACAACACACAGAACAGAGGACACCUGCUGGAAUACCUCAAAUACCACGUCCUCCGAGACACCAAGGUGUAUGCAGCAGAGCUGGUCCACAUCGAUCCCAUACGGACGCUCCAGGGAUCCGAACUCAAAGCCAACUGUGGAGGGCUGGACAACAUAGGUGAAAUCUUCCUCAAUGACGGGAGCUGCCGAAUCAUCCAGAGGCACCUCCCCUUCAACGGCGGGAUAGCCUAUGGGAUCGACUGUCUGCUGAACCCGCCGAGCCUCGGGGGUCGCUGUGACAAAAAGGAAACUGUAGAUUUCCCGCUACCCUGUGCAUUCUGCACAUCAUCAGCACGCUGCCCCCCUGGGUCCAAACUCAAGGAGGUGAAGAAAUGUGACCUGCACAUGAUAGUGAAUAUGAAUAAAGGCUGCCAGGCCAUAUGUACUUUUGUUCUCUGGCAACCCAAGUGCUGUGCUGGUUUCUACGGACGUGACUGUCUGGUUUGUCCUGGCGGGAAUACAUCUCCCUGUUUGAACCAUGGAAAGUGUGAUGACGGUCACCUAGGCAACGGUAACUGCACAUGUGACACUGGUUUCCAUGGCGACGCCUGUGAGUUGUGUAAAAAAGGCCACUAUGGACCGGACUGCAAAGCAUGUAACUGCACAGAGCAUGGGUCAUGUGAAGAAGGCCUUAAAGGGACAGGCUCCUGUUUCUGUGAACAGGGCUGGACAGGGCAGCGCUGUGAGACACAACUAGCGGAGGGUCCAGUCUGCUCGCCAACCUGCUCUCAGAACGGCAUAUGUAAAGAGAACAACACCUGUGUAUGUAAACUUUUCUACGAGGGAGAUGGCAUCAGCUGCAUAGUGGCCGACCUGUGUAAGUUCUGGAACGGUGGCUGUGCCCAGGGAGCUAAGUGCAGUCAGAAGGGGGAGAAGGUGAGCUGUGCCUGCCCUCAGGGACACUCUGGAGACGGCUUCAUCUGUCGGCCCAUAGACCCUUGCUCCGUCGAUGACAACGGGGGUUGCCACGAGCACGCCACCUGCACCAUGACUGGGCCGGGAAAGAAGAAGUGUGUGUGUAAGGAUAACUACAUCGGGGAUGGUGUGAUGUGUGAGGUGAAGGAGCUUCUUGUGAACCGUUGUCUCCAGGAGAACGGGCAGUGCCACUCUGACGCCCAGUGUACCGACCUUCACUACGAGGACAGCACAGUCGGUGUGUUCCACUUCCGGUCCAACAAGGGACAGUACAAGCUGAACUAUACAUCGGCCCAGGAGGCCUGCACAGGAGAGGGGGGAACCAUCGCCACGUACACACAGCUCUCCUACGCACAGCAGGCUGGGCUCAACCUGUGUGCGGCUAGCUGGCUGGACCAGGCCAGAGUGGCCUACCCCACCACCUACUCCAACCCCAAGUGUGGCUUUGGUCACGUGGGCAUCGUAGACUACGGCUUACGCAACAACCUCAGUGAGACCUGGGACACCUUCUGCUACAGGGUCAAGGAGGUGAAAUGUGAAUGUAAAGCAGGUUAUAUAGGAGAUGGAUACUCCUGCACUGGAAACCUCCUGCAGGUUCUCACUGAGAAGCCCACCUUCUCCAACUUCCUCUCUCAAAUCCUGAACUACUCCCAGAUGUCUGUGUCUGGAAAACAGUUUAUGAAGCGCCUCAGCAACCUGACCAUCCAGUCCACGCUGUUUGUACCUGAUAAUACCGGACUGUACCAGAACCAGACACUGACCCACAGGGACAUGGAGUACCAUCUCUCAGAGGGCCGGGCCUUGGCCCUGAAAGACCUGACCAACGGCAGCCGGAUCCGCACCCGGCUGGGCCAAAGCCUCGUUGUCCUGGGUAUCGUUGACUUCCUCAACCCCAAGGCCCUGAGUUCCUCCCGUUACAUCAACGACCGCUUCAUCGUCGACUCCGACAUCCUGGCAUCCAAUGGGAUCAUCCAUGUGCUGCAGGGACCCCUCAAAGCCCCACCCCCUUGGACAGUGCUCCACGCGGGUCACAAGGCAGGGAUGGGGAUAGGAGUUGUGCUGCUGAUCACGCUGAUGGCUGGGGCUGGGUUCGUAGGUUACCACUUCUACACCCACAAGACCAAACCAUUCCAGUUCCACUACUUUAAGGAAGAGGACGAGACGCCUCCAGACUGCAACCCUGCCAUCUGCAACCCCAACAUUGUUAACCCCACUUAUGACUCCGCCCCUGCCACAAGUGAACCAGUUCCAUCUGAGCUCCCUGAGGAGGACAAACACCAGGUGGUAGAGGGUGGCCCGUAUGACCUGCUCCAGGACUGCUGAGGGAGACACACACGUCACAGUCCUCACUCUCCCUCUGAUAAAGCUGUGAUGAGUGCUGCUACAUGUUGUACACAUGUUGACCAGUGGAGGGCAGCACUGUGGGACUACUAAGAGCACAAUUCCAUCUGAACUUCAGCACUACAGAAAUGUUUUCCGAUUGCACCGACAUAUGAAGCAUCUACCAUGAAUGCGGGAACAUUGCCGUUAAAUUUAAAUAGCGCGAAACUUCCACGACACAGCUUGAAUCGAGCCCGAAGACUAUCCUCCUCAGACAGAGUUGGACAGUGCCCUAGGAAGGACAAAACAGGGCUCAGGCUCCCACAAAACAACCUCACUAUGGACUCAUUCUCAGUGCCUUGUCUCAUAAUGUGACCAGUCUUCCUGUGGCAUAAUCACGAAAUAAAUAUUAUACAGAUUUUUUUUUUUGGUGGGGGGGUUCAUUCAUAUACAAAAUACUUAUUUUAAGUCUGUCAAAAACAGUUUACCCACAAUUUCAAAUCUUUAAUAGUAUGAAAUGGAGAUAACCAGAUGCAACCGUCUUUGUUGAUAAAACAUUUGAAGCAA